AAUGAAGGAGACGCAUGGUGCGGCUGUCCGAACUGAAUUUUGCGUACUAGACCCGCUCUCAUUUGUACCUUCUACGAAGGUAGUUGCUAGUCAUAGCCCACACCUCUUAUCACUUAAAAGCAAUAAAACUUCAAAUCAAGGAAACAAUCAUCAACAGUAAUAUGAGCAAUGACGCAUCCUGUGUUCUACCCGACGGCGCAAUGAAACCACGGAUUGUAGAACACUCCCGCAUUGUUGAAAAGCCAAUUCCAUUUAAAUGGAAAUGGGUGGCUCUGCUGACGAAGUAGUUGCAUUUUCGCCUGCGUGACAGUCACAACGACAACCUUGAGGCAGAGCCAUGACAAAUCAAUUCAAGCAGGAUGUCCUGGAGGAACACAACCGAGUGCGUGCUCAGCACUCUGCAGCACCCCUACAGUUGGAUGAAUCCAUUUGUCGAUAUGCCCAAUCGUGGGCCAAUCAUCUGGCGGCUACCAACAAGCUUCAGCAUCGCACCACGAAUAAAUACGGUGAAAAUCUGUACGUCCUGCUUGGAAGGGCGGAAUGCUCCGGAGUGGACGUCGUACAGAGCUGGUACAAGGAGCGCAAGGAUUAUACCUUCGGUCAACCGGAUCCGGGCUUGAGGUUUUCCAAAGUGGGACACUUUACGCAAGUCGUUUGGAAAGAUUGUACGCAUUUGGGUGUGGGUAUGGCCAUUGCGACCGGUGGCAAGGGAGUGUACGUCGUGUGCAAUUACAACCCACCGGGGAACGUCAAGAAUCGAUACUCGGAGAACGUGGCUGAGAAAUUUCCAGUGCCUUGAACAAGCUAUUAAAUGGACAAAUUUUCAAAAGUGUGCAAAUUAUAUAAAAAGUUUGAUGAAUUUAACUCCGCCACGCUGUAAAUUUUUCAGAUACGUAUUUACACCUCAGCUGCAAGGUCACCUGACGACCUAACUUGUGAGGUCUAAAAACGUAUCCGUAAAGAUUACAAUGUUUUGGAAAUAAAUGGAAUAGUACUAUACUAACUUGUCUUAGAACAGAUAAAGACAUUCCACUAACAAAGCCUAAUAAUUAUUUUGAAGACAAUCAAUAAAUUAGC